GUGGAGUGGGUGAGUGGCUGGCCAGCAGAGUGACGUGGAACUGUAUUCCGGCAGCUCAACUCCUGCUGUUGACUGCAGUUGUCUUUUCGACAUCGCCAAAAGAAAGAACAGGGAUGAUAAAGAAAUUCGACAAGAAGGACGAAGAGUCCGGAAGUGGCUCAAACCCUUUCCAGCAUCUGGAGAAGAGUGCUGUGUUACAGGAGGCUCGUAUUUUUAACGAGACCCCGAUCAACCCCAGAAGAUGCCUCCACAUCCUCACCAAGAUCAUUUACCUUCUCAACCAGGGGGAACAUUUUGGAACCACCGAAGCCACGGAAGCUUUCUUUGCGAUGACCAGGCUAUUCCAGUCCAAUGAUCAAACACUAAGAAGGAUGUGUUACCUGACUAUUAAAGAGAUGGCAAACAUCUCGGAGGAUGUGAUUAUUGUAACAAGCAGCCUGACCAAGGACAUGACUGGAAAGGAAGAUGUCUACAGGGGACCAGCAAUCCGGGCUCUGUGCCGGAUCACUGAUACUACCAUGUUACAGGCAAUUGAGAGGUACAUGAAACAGGCCAUUGUGGACAAAGUUCCCAGCGUUUCCAGCUCUGCAUUGGUGUCCUCAUUGCAUAUGGUGAAGAUGAGCUAUGAUGUGGUGAAGCGAUGGGUAAAUGAGGCUCAGGAGGCUGCAUCUAGUGACAACAUCAUGGUUCAGUACCAUGCAUUAGGUCUUUUGUACCACCUGAGAAAAAACGACCGUCUUGCUGUAUCCAAAAUGCUGAACAAAUUCACCAAGUCUGGGCUGAAGUCCCCAUUUGCUUACUGCAUGCUGAUCCGUAUAGCCAGCCGGCUCCUGGAGGAGGCAGACGGAGGGCACGACAAUCCUUUGUUCGACUUCAUCGAGAGCUGCCUGAGGAACAAGCACGAAAUGGUGGUUUAUGAAGCAGCUUCAGCCAUUGUGCACCUGCCCAACUGCACUGCCAGAGAGCUUGCUCCGGCCGUCUCAGUGCUUCAGCUGUUCUGCAGUUCUCCCAAAGCUGCUCUGCGCUAUGCAGCUGUCAGAACCCUUAAUAAGGUUGCAAUGAAACAUCCUUCAGCAGUCACUGCCUGUAACUUAGACUUGGAGAAUCUGAUCACUGACUCGAACCGCAGCAUUGCAACCCUGGCCAUUACCACGCUGCUAAAGACGGGGAGUGAGAGCAGUGUGGAUAGGCUCAUGAAGCAGAUCUCCUCCUUUGUGUCAGAAAUAUCCGAUGAGUUUAAGGUUGUAGUGGUGCAAGCUAUUAGCGCGCUCUGUCAGAAAUAUCCACGGAAGCACAGUGUGAUGAUGAACUUUCUGUCCAACAUGCUGAGAGAUGAUGGUGGAUUUGAUUACAAGCGUGCCAUUGUGGACUGUAUCAUCAGCAUCAUUGAGGAGAAUCCAGAGAGUAAAGAAACUGGUCUGGCUCACCUGUGCGAGUUCAUAGAGGACUGUGAGCAUACUGUCCUGGCGACCAAGAUUCUCCAUCUGCUGGGCAAAGAGGGACCCAGGACCCCUACCCCCUCCAAAUACAUCCGGUUCAUCUUUAACAGAGUUGUUCUUGAAAGCGAAGCUGUACGCGCAGCUGCCGUGAGCGCUUUGGCCAAGUUUGGUGCUCAGAAUGAUGACCUGCUCCCCAGUGUCCUUGUGUUAUUACAAAGAUGUAUGAUGGACAGUGAUGACGAGGUUAGGGACAGAGCUACCUUCUACAUGAAUGUGCUUCAGCAGAAGCAGAAAGCUCUGAAUGCUGCGUACAUAUUCAAUGGCUUGUCUGUAUCUAUCCCUGGGCUGGAGAAAUCCCUUCAUCAGUACACCCUUGAGCCCACGGAGAAACCGUUUGACAUGAAAACUGUUCCACUGGCUACAGCGCCAAUCACUGAACAGAAAACAGAAAUCGCUCCUGUGGUUACCAGUAAAUUGCCAGAAAAGGUGGCUCCUUCCCGUCAAGAUAUAUACCAAGAACAACUGGCCGCUAUUCCCGAGUUUAAAGGCCUCGGUCCUCUGUUCAAGUCCUCUGAGCCGGUUCAGCUGACGGAGGCCGAGACGGAAUACGUGGUUCGCUGCAUCAAGCACACCUUCACAAAUCACAUGGUGUUCCAGUUUGAUUGCACAAACACUCUGAAUGACCAGCUCCUGCAGAAGGUUGUGGUUCAGAUGGAGCCUUCAGAAGCUUAUGAAGUAGUGCAUUACGUGCCAGCACCUAAUCUUCCUUACAGCCAGCCUGGGUCGUGCUACACUCUCGUCAGACUUCCAGAUGAUGAUCCUACUGCAGUCUCUUGCACAUUCAGCUGCACAAUGAAGUAUUUGGUACGAGACUGUGAUCCAAACACCGGGGAACCAGAUGAUGACGGUUAUGACGAUGAAUAUGUGCUGGAAGACUUGGAAGUGACUGUCGCUGACCACAUUCAAAAAGUCCUCAAACCAAACUUUGGAGCCGCCUGGGAAGAAGUAGGAGAUGAUUUUGAAAAAGAAGAAACAUUUGCUCUUGCCUCUGUCAGAACCCUUGAAGAGGCUGUCAAUAACAUCAUUAGCUUCCUGGGGAUGCAGCCAUGUGAGAGGUCAGACAAGGUUCCUGAGAACAAAAACUCACAUGUUCUGUUCCUGGCAGGCGUUUUCAGAGGCGGUCACGACUUGCUGGUGCGUUCAAGGCUUGCCCUGGCAGAUGGUGUAACUAUGCAGGUUACAGUACGUAGCAAAGAAGAGACACCGGUUGAUGUUAUUCUAGCUUCUGUGGGUUAAGUCCCUUUGGCACAGGGUAGUAUGCACGUUUCAGAUAAAAAGAAAUACCAAGACAUUAAGGAAAAGCAAGCCCUUAUGCUAAAAUGAACAAUCAUGGUUUCUUUCAUGUUUUCCUUUGUCUGAAUUGUUUUUUAGAGACUACAAUGCAAGUUUCAACUAGAAUGUUAACCUGCACAGCAUAUUAAAUAACUCUUUUGGGCCAAAUUGAUAUGAAGUCUUUUGCUUUAAAAUUGAUAGAACAUUAGGAAAAUGUUUAAAAUAUGCCGAGGCCUUUUUGGAUUAACACAAACACCAUUAUCUAUCAUCAGCACAAACUAUCAUCUGUACAAGUACAAGCAGUCCAAAUAAUAAAUCUACUCAAUCUGACAUCCCAGCCACCUUCCUAAAAACAAUAUUUACAGAUUUAAAUGGGUCUUUUAUUAAGGACCAGAUGUUUAUCAUUAGUGUAAUCUUUAUCUGUAAUAGAACAUUUACACAAAUGUGUUUGCAUUCAAGAAUCAUCUUGAGAGCUUCUCCUGUCUAUAUAUGAAAACUGUAAUUGUUGAAUGCUGUGGCGAUCUUUAAUUUCCUUGCUAAAAUAUUUGUCCUUACUCUGCUUUUCUUAAUAAAUUGUAAUAUGGGACCACUUAA